AUGAAACGAUUGAAAUCAUUUAUUAUCGCGGGAAUAGUGUGUCUCGUGGCAGUUUUAUUCAUAAUACCAGUAGAAUCUUACACAACAUUUGUACAUGAAGAAUCAAUAUCAUAUCCUUCACCACCUCGAGUAUGGAGUAGUAUAGUGUAUGAAGACGGAACCGCAGUUUUUCGCAUAAUUCGUAGAGAUACCAGCGUCAAACUGCCAGAUAGGACUUGCCUAGUACAAAAAUUAAUGUUGCGUAUCCUUUAUCCUAACGGCACGUUAACCGAAUUGGACAUGGAAUUAAACAUUCCUCCUCUGAAUUAUUGUAUUGUCGCCGCAAAACCAGACAAUUUUGAUCCAAUAAAUAUCAGUGCAUUAAAACCCGGUUAUUUGCUACUACGAUAUUAUAACGCUACCGAUCCGUCAAAACCCGAGACUUGGGAAGAAUGGGGAAUGGUCAUUGAUUGGCAAGGACAAACUUAUGAGCCAAAGUUUUUGGGAUUAUCUUUUAUAGAUGCAAAUACCGGAACUGUGGUUCCAGGUUUAAGCGCUGUCACAGUAAACAUUAACCGAGCAAAAGGAUUUUUACGUUUGGCCGCGUUAAGAGAGACUACUGAUUGUGAAUGGCAGCAAUAUUCAAUAGGAGAGAAUAAAGAGCUCAUCCAAUUAUCCGGAGGAGUUAUCAAACUUCCAAUUUUCAAAAGUGCGCAAUUCGCGACAAUCGCUACCGUUGAUGAGGGUUACGCUAUCGUAUUUGCCAAUUCAUCCGAUACUGUUAAUAACGCUGACCCUUUAUUACCUCGAGGUGGACUGUUCGCUCUUUCAUUAGCAUAUGGACAAAAAUCAAUCAAUUCCCCAUCCCUCUUAUAUCAAGUUCCAUUGGCCAACUUAUUAUUUACUGCGCUCAAGUGCGAUAUCGCGUUUGUCGGUGUCGGUCAUGUGUGCACAUUAACCGUUCAACAAAAUCUUGGUGACGCAACCAACCCAACCAAGUCUGAUUUAUAUUAUUUAAAAAUUACUUUCCUGUCCUCCGGAUCUGUCACGAGCUUUACAUCAAUAUCUCGUGCAUUACCAACCAAUAUCAAUGUAAAAGUAACGGAGUGGGUAGUAUCUUCUUUACCGUACGGGGGAUAUGUUUUAGUUUCCCACUUAAAAACUCAACCAACUGGUUUGGUCAUGUAUGCUUACGUCUUUGAUGAAGAUGAAACGAAUGGAAUCCCUUGGGAAUUAGAUGAGCCCUCCGUCACUAAUGUCGCGGGAACUUACAAAAUUUUACCUAAUAAUACGUUAUACUUUGCUCAACAAGAACCUAGCGAAGUAAGGUUUGCAGGUUCCACAUCAGGAGUGUUACGUUUAACGGUCGAUGGAACAACUUAUUUCGAUCAACUUAGUGCGGAAGGGCAGGCCCAAUUCUUUAAUAAUCUAGUGAAUGAAAUCUCCACAAUGUUAACAAUACCUCCUUCACGUUUGAAAUCCAGCGGUCGAUUCCAAGUAGAUAUUACCAUUUCACCGGAAAAACAAUAUUUAAUAUCGUUGGACAUUAUUCAAACAAAGGAUAAAAGUGAAAAGAGUGUUGAAUCAAUUAUUAAAGAUUUAGAUACAAUGAUCUUAAAUAAAGAAGUAUCACCAAUUUCAUUGGGCAAAACAACUCAUUAUUUAGAUGCUACUUAUGGGUUACGAACAACGCAAGAACUUGAAUUGAAAGGGAAAGAUGAAGGUUUUGGUGGACUUGACCCAUUUCCCAAACCCUCUGUAGGUAAAAUCAAUGACGAUGAACAUAAAAUCGACAUAAAAGAUGAUCAAUUAGAUGUUAAAGCAGCAAAAAAUCUUGAGAAAAAGAAUUCAAAAUCUAGUUUUCAAGAAAUGAUAAAUUAA